CUCACCGUUCUCGCCGCAGCCGCCAUUUCAGGAGGUGUCGCCUGACGGCUGAGAGAGAGUCCGUGGGGGCGCCUGCGAGGUGGAACCAUGGCGGCCUCUGUGGGGAACGUAGCCGACAGCACAGAACCAACGAAACGUAUGCUUUCCUUCCAAGGGCUAGCGGAGUUGGCUCAUCGGGAGUAUCAAGCAGGAGACUUUGAAGCUGCCGAGAGACACUGCAUGCAGCUUUGGCGGCAAGAGCCCGACAACACUGGGGUGCUUUUGUUGCUCUCAUCUAUUCACUUUCAGUGUCGCAGGCUGGACAGGUCUGCUCACUUCAGCACUUUGGCAAUCAAGCAGAAUCCACUUCUGGCAGAAGCCUACUCCAACCUGGGAAAUGUGUACAAGGAACGUGGGCAACUGCAGGAGGCAAUUGAGCACUAUCGACAUGCCUUGCGCCUCAAGCCAGACUUUAUUGAUGGAUAUAUUAAUCUGGCAGCUGCUUUGGUAGCUGCAGGUGAUAUGGAAGGGGCAGUGCAGGCAUAUGUUUCUGCCCUGCAGUACAAUCCUGACUUGUACUGUGUUCGUAGUGACCUGGGGAACCUGCUCAAAGCCCUGGGUCGCUUGGAAGAAGCCAAGGCCUGUUAUUUGAAGGCAAUUGAGACUCAACCAAAUUUUGCAGUAGCAUGGAGUAAUCUUGGCUGUGUGUUCAAUGCACAAGGAGAAAUCUGGCUUGCCAUUCAUCACUUUGAAAAGGCGGUGACUCUUGACCCAAACUUCUUGGAUGCUUACAUUAAUCUGGGGAAUGUUUUGAAAGAAGCGCGUAUAUUUGACAGAGCUGUAGCUGCUUAUCUACGGGCCCUGAGUCUGAGUCCAAACCAUGCAGUUGUGCAUGGCAACCUGGCCUGUGUCUAUUAUGAGCAGGGCUUGAUUGACUUGGCGAUUGAUACCUACAAGCGUGCUAUUGAACUGCAGCCACACUUCCCUGAUGCUUACUGCAACCUGGCCAACGCACUCAAGGAGAAAGGCAGCGUCGCGGAGGCAGAGGAAUGUUACAACACAGCUCUUCGUCUGUGCCCCACUCAUGCGGAUUCUCUUAAUAAUUUGGCAAACAUUAAACGGGAGCAAGGAAACAUUGAGGAAGCUGUUCGGCUGUAUCGUAAAGCACUUGAGGUGUUCCCUGAGUUUGCAGCUGCACAUUCCAAUCUUGCAAGUGUUUUGCAGCAGCAGGGGAAGUUACAGGAGGCACUCAUGCAUUACAAGGAGGCUAUUAGAAUCAGUCCCACAUUUGCUGAUGCCUAUUCCAACAUGGGGAACACACUAAAGGAGAUGCAGGAUGUUCAGGGAGCUUUGCAGUGUUACACACGGGCAAUUCAGAUAAACCCUGCCUUUGCUGAUGCCCACAGCAAUCUGGCUUCCAUCCAUAAGGAUUCAGGGAACAUACCAGAGGCCAUUGCUUCAUACCGCACUGCCCUGAAACUGAAACCUGACUUCCCUGAUGCAUAUUGCAAUUUGGCGCAUUGCUUGCAGAUAGUUUGUGAUUGGACUGAUUAUGAUGAAAGGAUGAAGAAGCUGGUCAGUAUAGUUGCUGAUCAGCUGGAGAAGAACAGGCUUCCUUCCGUCCAUCCUCAUCACAGUAUGCUGUAUCCGUUGUCCCACAAUUUCCGUAAGGCAAUUGCUGAGAGACAUGGAAACCUGUGCUUGGACAAGAUUAAUGUCCUUCACAAGCCACCAUACGAGCAUCCCAAGGACUUGAAGGCUAGCGAGGGCAGACUGCGUGUUGGCUAUGUAAGCUCUGACUUUGGGAAUCAUCCCACUUCACACCUCAUGCAGUCAAUCCCAGGCAUGCACAACCCCGACAAAUUUGAGGUAUUCUGCUAUGCCCUCAGCCCUGACGAUGGCACAAACUUCCGGGUAAAGGUGAUGGCUGAAGCAAAUCACUUUAUUGAUCUAUCCCAGGUUCCAUGCAAUGGAAAGGCAGCUGACCGCAUCCACCAGGAUGGCAUACACAUCCUCAUCAACAUGAAUGGCUACACCAAAGGAGCCCGCAAUGAACUUUUUGCCCUCAGACCAGCACCUGUACAGGCUAUGUGGUUGGGCUAUCCUGGGACUAGUGGUGCAUUAUUCAUGGAUUACAUCAUCACAGACAAAGAAACCUCCCCUUUUGAAGUGGCUGAGCAGUAUUCUGAAAAACUGGCUUACAUGCCAAAUACAUUCUUCAUUGGAGAUCAUGCCAACAUGUUCCCACACCUAAAGAAAAAAGCAGUUAUUGACUUCAAAUCCAAUGGGCAUAUUUAUGACAACAGAAUUGUUUUGAAUGGCAUUGAUCUGAAGGCAUUCCUUGACAGUCUUCCUGAUGUAAAAAUAGUGAAGAUGAAGUGUCCUGAUGGUGGGGACAAUGCUGACAACAGUGCUGGACUCAGCAUGCCUGUCAUUCCUAUGAAUACAAUUGCAGAGGCAGUAAUUGACAUGAUAAAUCGUGGACAAAUUCAGAUAACCAUCAAUGGAUUCAACAUUAGCAAUGGGCUUGCAACUACCCAGAUCAACAACAAAGCAGCAACUGGUGAGGAGGUUCCACGCACCAUCAUUGUCACCACUCGUUCCCAGUAUGGAUUGCCUGAAGAUUCUGUUGUGUAUUGCAACUUUAAUCAGCUUUAUAAAAUUGACCCUUCCACUCUUCAGAUGUGGGCCAAUAUUUUGAAGCGUGUCCCAAACAGUGUGUUGUGGCUACUGCGUUUCCCAGCUGUAGGAGAACCAAAUAUUCAACAGUAUGCACAAAACAUGGGCCUUCCACAAAAUCGCAUCAUCUUCUCUCCAGUUGCCCCCAAAGAGGAACAUGUGAGGAGGGGCCAACUUGCUGACGUCUGCCUAGAUACACCUCUUUGUAAUGGCCACACCACAGGGAUGGAUGUUCUCUGGGCUGGGACCCCUAUGGUUACCAUGCCAGGAGAGACUCUUGCGUCACGAGUUGCAGCCUCCCAGCUUACUUGCCUUGGCUGUCCUGAACUAAUUGCGAAAAGUAGACAGGAAUACGAAGAUGUUGCUGUUAAGCUGGGAACAGAUCUAGAAUACCUGAAGAAAAUACGAGGCAAGGUUUGGAAGCAGCGAAUAUCCAGUCCCCUGUUCAACACAAAGCAAUACACAGUGGAAUUGGAGCGGCUUUAUCUUCAGAUGUGGGAUCACGCUGCAGCUGGCAACAAACCAGAUCACAUCAUCAAGCCCAUAGAGAGUGGUGAAUCAGCUUAAAGAACUAUGGGCCUUCUAAAGAGAACCCUUCAGGAAAUGUCUCUGAUU